AUGAUGAGCAGCAAAUGGAGAGACGAGCAAACUCCGUCGUACAUCGAUUUCGUGUCGUCGUUCCUUAACGCAAAUUCCUUCCGUCUCAACUUCGUCCCGAUUGCUUCAGAUUUCAUUUUCAACUGUGGAGGUCUUUCAUUGGCAUUCAUCUUCGUUACUAACUGGGAUUGCAGCAACACCGAGCUAGUCUUCAACAGAGUUCAGAAACUGAAAGCUCGUUUCGCAAACCUGUAUGUUGUUGUCUGCUUACCCACGAAGGAGAAGAAUGAUUCAUUUGUACGCUCUUACUUCAGAUGGGGGAUGCAGAUUGGCCGGCCACCAUUUGUGCCAGUUCAAGACUUGGAGAUGGGGUUUGAGAAGAUGGUCAAGAUAGCACAUUCACGUGGGGCAUGCAAGCAGCAGGAUGUUACCUCAACAAUGAAGGCUGAGAGGCUGGGAUCGGUGCAAAUGUUGGAGAAUUACGUUAAAGUGAUCACUUCAAUACCAGGCAUCGACAGCCACGACGCGAAUAUGCUGAAUCAAGGUAUAGGUUCGAUUGAAGCCGUUUCUAAGGCGACCAAGGAAAGCAUCUUGGAGAAAACUGACCUGUCCCCUGACAAGGCUGAGACCAUCACAAGGUUCUUCAGGGAUCCCAAGUUUUACCUCUCCCCAAAGCUCACCAAGUAA